AUGGCUACCUAUAGAAUAAAUACAGUUUCAAGAAUACUUUUAUCCUACAAUCGUUCAAAUUGUAUUAAAUUGUGUAGCCAAGGAAUCGAUGCGAAUAGAUUCUUGACACAAGAGCGACUAAAACAUACAAGUGCUAUAAAACAUGAAAAGGAAAAAUUUAGAACAUUUGUAAUAACUAGAUACAUUCAGUAUGUGAAAAAUUAUACUAAAGUGCUGGAGGUAAGAUUUCCAGCAGCAAUGAAGAUGUACAGAGUGUUUAGUAUUGGUAUAAAAGACUUUCUUAGAGAUUUGAAAACAUAUAUCACACUUAGAAUCAAGUUCACUAGAGAUCAGGGCUUUUCAAAAAUGAGUCGACAAGACAUCGAACUUUAUGAAAAGAUGCCAGGAGACAUGUGGAAAAUAGCACCUGUUUUAAUAUUGUCUACCAUUCCUUUUGGAAACUAUAUCAUAUUCCCAUUAGCAUUACUGAAACCAAAAAAACUGUUGUGCUCUCAUUUUUGGUCUAUACAACAGAGAGUGGAAUUUUCAAUGCAAGAUUUGACAGAACGUCUAAGACACAACCGUGCUGUGUUUAGAGCUCUUCAAGAAAAACUGGGCAGUAUUCCAGAGAGUGAUUUAAAAGUGAAGUGGGAAAAAAUAAUUGCCCUUUUAGGGUCAGGAGUUCACCCAACUCCUAACGAUGUAAUAGCUUGUGAAAAGUUAUUUACAAUGUCUCCAUAUAGUUUAAAAGAUCUGUCAUACUCGCACAUGGGGCAGUUGCUCAAAAUGCAUGGGUUACAAAAAAGCUUAUUUAGGAGGAAAAAACUAAAAUAUAGAGCAUUGUUGCUAUGGGAAAUGGACAAAGCAAUAAUUAGGGAAGGUGGCGUGGAUGUACUUGGAUCUGAAUCAUUGAGAAAUGCAUGUCACAUACGUGGUUUAAAUGGAAGCCACCUAUCAAAUCAGAACAUGCGAGAUUGGCUCCAACAAUGGUUACAAGUUUCACAAAAUAUCAACUCAACUUCAUAUUCUUUAUUACUACAUUGUCCAAUCCUAUUUGCCUAUAAUCAUCCACAAAACUGGGUUUUAAUAUAUUAA